AUGGAGAGCGAACUCUUGCGCUAUGAGCAGCUCGCGAAUCCGAAUCCAGGCAAAGCGGUCAAAACGAAGACGGUUCCUAUCGCCCAGACACUGUCCGAUUUGGCUCAAUUCCUGCGUGACGAGCGUGACCGGCUCGUGAAUCAGCCAGAGGUACCGCCCUUGGCAAUCCAGCAGACGUUUCAGACGGCCCUUGCAAAUAUAGAGGCAUCAAAGGCGCAGAUUGACGAGCGUCUGAAGGAGACGCACGCAUCAGGGACGAAGAUUGGCAAGCUCAUUGACAAGAAGACACCAGUUUUGUUACCAGAGCAUGAGCCACUCUUUCAAAGUACCGAUGCCGUGGAAGCCAUUAAGCGGACUAUUGGCCAGCACCUCAUCCGCACGGGAGCUCUCCAGGCGGCCAACGUGUUUGCAGAGGAGACCGCCACCGAGCUCGACUCGGCCGAAAUUGCCAAGUUUGCAGAGCUACGCAAGGUGGUGGGAGCUCUGCGUGUCCAUGAUGUUGAGCCCGCAUUAAGCUGGGUUGAGGCCAACAGGGGCUUUUUGGAAGCGCAAGGCUCAGACCUCGAAUUUCUCCUCCACAGAUCCCAAUAUCUCCGUAUCCUUUCAGAGUCCCCAAUCCCAACGGAUAUCGCUCCGGCGUUUGAGUAUGCGAAACAGCAUCUUUUGCCAUUGGAGCCCCGUUAUCCAUCAGAGGUCCCGAAAUUGAUGAACUGCCUAGUGCUCGGGGACUCUGUCUCGCGAAUCUACCCGGACCUCGCGUCGCCAGAGGUGCAUAACCGACUCGAAGGCGCAUUCAGUCGAGAAUAUUGCGCAAGCCGGCACGUCAGCAAUCAGGCCCCCCUCAAAGUUGUAUCUAUAAUCGGCGGGGGGAUCGCAUUACCCCGUAUAGAGAAAGGCAAGAAAAUUAUGAAGGAGCGCAAGGGCGAAUGGUCGCACACCGAGGAAAUACCGGUGGAAAUUCCUUUGCCACCGGAGAACCACUACCACUCCGUUUUCACCUGUCCGGUGUCAAAAGAGCAGGCAACGGUCGUCAAUCCACCGAUGAUGCUCCAGUGUGGACACGUCAUCGUUCGGGAGAGUCUCCAAAAGUUGACCAAGGUGCACACACGGGUAAAAUGCCCCUACUGUCCACGCGAAAGCGAUGCUCGACAGGCUGUUCGCCUCUAUUUCUGA